CUUACACCAAUAAGGUCCAGAAAGGAGGAGAAAAGAUCCUAAAUAGUUCUGCAGAUGAGAAAAAUGGUGUUGAUGUGGCCAGGGAAAGCAUGAAGGACAAGACUCUGAGCGCCUCAAAGAAGAACAAGAUUAAUAAAAAUCUCAAACGUGUGAGAAAUGUGUCCAAGAUGACAGAGAAGUUGAGCAAAUCUCUGCUUAAUGGUGUUGGUAUAGUGAGUGGAUCAGUGAUGAAUCCUGUGCUUAAAUCCCAACCAGGAAAGGCAUUCCUAAAGAUGCUUCCUGGGGAGGUUCUUUUGGCUUCCCUUGAUGCAGUGAACAAGGUUCUUGAUGCUGUUGAAGCUGCUGAAAAACAAACUCUUUCUGCCACUUCCAAAGCUGCAUCAAGAGCGGUUUCUAACAGGUUUGGGGAAGGUGCAGGGGAAGCUACUGAACAUGUAUUUGCAGCUGCUGGACAUGCUGCAAACACUGCUUGGAAUGUCUUUAAGAUACGAAAAGCUUUAACUCCAGCUUCUUCAGCAACCAAUGGAGUGCUCAAAAAAGCUGCCAAGGUUCCAGCUUUUAAAUAAAAAACCAAAUUAAGUUUCUUUUUUUGUUUGAUUAUGAAAGGUUUAAUGAAGAUAAACACCAUGUGGUGGAACAAUUUGUACCUAUUUUAAUCACUUCAGGCUUUCACAUUUUAA